UAACAUUUGUGUAUAUUUGUGGAGGUUACUACGUGGUACGUGCUGGCAUGUUUUGUAAUUUGUUUAGUCACAACGAUUCCAAAUAAUUAUCAUCGCAAUGUGUCAUAUGCACGACGAUCAUCAUCAGUGAUAAAUGCUUGUGUACUUAUUGAUACUGGCCAGUUGAUCACAAACGCGUAAAAUGUCAUGGUUUGGUGAUAGCUUAUCUAGCCUCUCUAAUUUAAAGGGACAAAUUACGAAUUUGACGAGAGACGUUCUAUCUGAAGGCAUCGUUGAAGAAAUAGAUGAACGAUCGAAGGCGUUAAAGGAAGCGAACGAAAGAUGCAGUCAACUGCAGGAUUUGCUCACCACAAAAGAUGCAGAAAUCUCUCUCCUGCGCCGACAGAAUUGUGAGUUGCAGAAAACUGUCAUUGAGAUAAACGCAAAGUCCAAGGAAUCGAAAGAACACAGCGAUGACAGCGACGGGGUGUUUUGGGAUCCGUCCUGCGUCGACAAUCGAAACGCGAGGAGUCAGAAUCAUGUGCGCCAGCUCCAGGAACAGCUGGCUCAGGCCACCGUGAAAGUGCGCGAAUUGGAAUGCGAGUUGAAGCGAAUUCGAAAGGACGAUAUUACCGAUGGACAUCAGAAGGCAGAGGUUGUACGGGCGAAACAGGAUAUGAUGAACCGUAUAAUACAGAUGGAGGAAAAGACCCGGGAAGCGGAAAGAAACGCUAAACAUAUCCAGUUAGACGAAGCCAGCCUUAUUCACGAUUUUCGUUCGGUGAUAUCGAAACUGAAUUCACGCGAGAAAUUCGAUUUAGUCAGCGGAGCGCUAAAAGCUUUACAAAUCGAAAGUGAGACGCAUGAGAAGAUUAAGGAUCACGAAAAGCUGCAAAACAAAUCGAACGACGCGAUCGAGGAACUUCCGUCUAACAAAGAAGAAAUAUUACAAACAAGAAUAGAAGAACUUAAAAAUGAAAAUAAGGAUCUUUCGAACGCCAUGGAAAAAUUGGACGAAGAGCAUGCGCAGUCGAUUGAAAAACUGCUGUCACUCAAAGAAGAAAGUAAUAGGAAACAUCACUUCCUGCAAGAUGCGUACGAGCAGCUUUCCACAGAUUACAAUAAGGUCCAAAAAAGGACAAUCGAAUUACAAGCAAAACUCGAUGAAAAUGCCCGUGCGAAAUCGAAUUGUCAGUCUGCCCAAACGGAUAAUGUAGAAAAAUCGGACCAAUACGCUCAAAUAACGCUUCCUUCUCGAGAAGACGUCACGGAAUCGAGCAGUAUUAAUGAUAUCAUUGAGAAAGUUCAGAUAAUUUUGAAAAAUCACACCAUAAGCAGCAUCGAACCGGACGAAACGAUCUUCGAAACCAUCGCGAAGCAGUACGUCGACAGUAAGUGGAAAUUGGACGUUUUGGAAAGGAGGAUAACGGAGAUCAUUGGAAAUUUCAAGGAAACCGAGGAAGUGAAAUUCAGCUUGCAAGAAGAAUGCGACGAAUUGCAAUCUCAUAUCGAUUCUCUGUUGCUGGAGAAUCAAGCUUUAGUUAAUCAAGCUUUAGCUAAUCAAGCAAAGUCGAACCUGCCGUCUAUCCCCGAAGCGAGCGAAGAACGAGUAGCUUUUUUGGAAAUGGAGGUCGAAACAUUGCGGGAGGAAGUAAAACGCCUCUUAGCCGAAAACGAGAGGAUACGAGAAACAGAUCCAAUCUCGUCCGCCGCGCAAAACAAAGAAGCGUCUUUGAUAAAUCACAAUAAUUCGCAAGAAGAUACGAAUCGCCAAGCGCAUUCGUCGAGGAAAAACAGAGAGCUUCCAGUACUUUUGGAAAAGAAUGAAGACUCGAACGAAGACGGGAUGUUGUACGAGCAAUUGAAACUUGAUCAUGAAAAUGUAACGCGGGAAUUGGAAGCGACGGUGGCAGAAAUGAAAUUGUUAGAAAGUAAUAUUGCAUCUCUACAGGACACUGCGCGUGCAUUGACGGAAGAGAAUGAAGAUUUGCUAGAGAAAAACAUGCAUUUGGACACGCGACACAAUAGGCUUUUACAAGAACGUGAGAAAGAACAGGAAGAAAAUAGUUAUCUGUUGAAUGAUUUGCAGAAACAGCUUGAUAGAGCCGCUCUCGUGAAAUCCGACUUGGAAAAUGAUAUCUCACGUAAGGAACGAGAAUUGGAUAAGAUGCUGCUGGAAAUUAAUGGGAAGCAGCAUGAAUUGGCAAAAUUCAAUCAGGAUCAUGAAAUAUUAAAAAAGGAGAAUGAAUCUUUGUCGAAGCAAUUAACUGCCACGCACAAUGAAUUCUUGGAUAAGAUAGAGUUCUUGAACACAGAGAUGUCGUUGCUUCAGCAAGAACAUGAAGAUUUGAAACAGGAGAUGUCGAUUUACAAGGACGAAUUGUCGCGAACGAAAGAGAAAUUGCGCCAAGUGCAGGAACAUUGUACAGAAUUGGAGAACGAACGUCACGCGUUAAAGGCGCGGUGCGAACGGCUUGAAGUGGAAAAAGGGGAUGUCCAAAAUCGAGCGACGGAAGCGAGAAAACUUGAAAACGAUCCGGGUCUUGCGACAUCGCUUACGGAGGGAUUGAGCACGCUACAAAACUUUUUUAACUUCGAGUUCGCGGGCCAAAAAGCAGAAAUGCUUCAUGCUAAAGAAACGCAGCCGAAACAAGAAGAUAUCGCGAACUUAUCUUCGGCAAACAUAGAUAAAAUUAAUACAAAGGUACAGAUGGAGGAACAAGUUUCAACUGCUCAAGACGAUUUAGUCAGAACUACGGCUAAAUGCGUGGAAGAAAAGCAGGAUUUGGUAUCAAAAGAAACAAGUGCGACAUCUAAUGAUAACGAGCGACAAGCGCUUGAAUCCAUCAUCGAUGAAGAAAGACGAGAAAGAGAUAUCAUAAAAGCGCACAAGGAAAAUCUAACACGGGAAAUUACGCAACUACGUAGCGAAUUGCAAACUACUUUCGAGAUUGAUAAGCUGGCGGCGGAGAUGGCUAGAAAAACUAUUGAAGAUCUUUCGCAUCUCUUACGAGAGAAGGACGAGAAGAUGAGUGUUCUACAAGGUGAAAUCACACGUGCGAAUAAUACUAUUAUGCAACUUUCGAACGAACUCACCAUAAUUAGAAGCCAGAAGAAUGAAUUCGAGCAACUCAUCUCUAUUAAACAUAACGAGAGUUUGCAGUAUCAAAAUGAAAUGCAAAGGAUGGUUCAACACAUAAAUGAGCAGGGGGCUCACAUCGAGCGGUUAAUUGCCGAGCAAACAGCGAACGAGGCACGAGAUAAGGCGAAUGUAGAAGAACAACAUUCGAAGAGUUUACAGAAGAGCUGCAACAACGAUGAUCAAACUGCCGAUCGCACCGUGCAGAGCGGCGAAAUCGUGAAUAAAAAAUGCGACGCCCUGGAGGCGGCUCUGUUGCAGGAGCAAUCUAACAAUAGAAUUCUGCAAAACCAGCUUACCGAAAGCCAGAUCAAAGAAGCCAAUUCCGCUAAAGAAUUAGAAAGGCUGCGAACACAUUUAGUCGAGAUCGAAUCGUCUUACACGGAAGAAGCCUUGAUCUCCGAAAGAAAUCGCGAGGAAUUAGAGGCGAAAUUGUUGCAGGCCGAAGAAAAGGUGAAAAGUAGCUCGACCGCUUUCACAUCGGCGAAUAUUAGGGCGAAUCAGCAGGUGGAAACGUUGCAGCAACAAAUAGCUCUAAUUACGCAACAGAGGGACCAGAUACAGGCGAAGCUGUCCGCCGCGGAAGACAACAUUAUGCUGCAGUCCGCCUCUUUGACGAAUUUGCAAAUAGUUUUGGAGCAGUUUCAACAAGAUAAGGAACGCGACGUCAUAUUGGCCACAGAAAAGAUUCGAUCCCAGCUCAACGAUUCAUAUAGGAAACAAGAUGAACUUUUGAAAGAAAUUUCAAUUCUCAAGCAACAAUUGUCUGAAGCUAAGGAAUGCUUACAAGCUGCCUCUAGGCUAAGCGAGCAGCUUGAGAAAAAGGACGCGCAAAUCGAGCGAUUCAACGAAGAAGUUGCACGAUUGACGGAAUUGCUAAACUUUGCCGACCAGAAAGUAAAAGAAGCGGCAGAACUCGACGAGGGAAAAGUCGACAAAACCCUCGUCAAAAAUCUUCUUUUGGGUUACUUGUCUUCCGCUACGUCGGACAAGUCUUCGAUACUCCGGGUGUUUGCCAACGUCCUGGACUUUACCGAAUUGGAAAAGGAUAAAACUGGUUUGAACAGCCUUUUACGCAAUAACGGCAGUGCGUCUUCAAAGGAUCAGGAGGCGUCCCUAUCGACGGCCUUCGUGAGAUUUCUGGAAAGUGAAUCCAAGCCAAAGCCUCAAUUACCAGCUUUGCCGAUCGUGAAUUCAUCUCCGCGGCCGGGAUAUAACAAGCAACAGUCGCAAUCCACGUCGUCGGCGCAAUCGACACUGUUGCUGCCGAACGUGACUCUUCCAACAUUCCCAGACUUUAUUCCAGCCAGAAAUACAGGAUCUAUUUUGAAGGAGGUGUUGAAGGACAGUUGAUAUUACACAUUAUAUUGAACGUUGUACAAAUAACAUUAGGGAUUAUAUCAAGCUGCAUUUUAUACCAAUGUCCACGAUGGCGAAUGUCCACUCUUAAUCACCUUGCAAACGAAUCCUGUUAUUUAAAUAAACAAUUAUAAUAUAAAAAUCGCAUUAAAUAAAUGAAAGAUAAGAUUCUUACUUGAAAUAGUUUUUUUAAUGUAGCCAUAUAAUGUUACAAUGAACAAAAGGUAUACUAUACCGCUGCUCUCUCUCUUUCUCUCUCUCUCACUCACUCUCUCUCUCUCUCUCUCUCUUCUCGGCAGCAAAGUAACAAGAUUCUCCAUUUAUAACGAUAUGACACAACAUCGUACUAUCAGUAAUAAAUACAUAGUAAAGUUUCGUUGUAUAACUAACGCGCGUGCUAAGAGUAUAAAUACAAAUUAAGACUAUGUAUUUGAACAAAAUUAGUGUACAAAAUAUAAAUCUAUUCAACGGUUUCAUAAUACAUACACUAUCAUCAUCCUACGAAACAUAUGUACAUAGACCGGCUACUUUUCACCGUACACUCGAUCAUAUCGGUAUCAAAAACUGGACAGCAUUAGGGUUUCAUAAAAAAUUAGUAUUUUUUUUUUUUUUCUUUUCAUCGAAUAACUGAAACUAUAAAUUUUUCAAUAAUUAUCACAAGGGGCGAACAGGCAACAGCCGUAUAUAAAUAUUCUUUUUCUUUCUUUAAUUACACCCAUGCUGCUGGAGUGUACAAGCUUUUCGUAUGAUUUAUUCCAAGAGAUCCACUGAAAAAUUCUAACAAAUAUUUGACAACUUUCAUUAAUUAUUUCCUCACAAUAUACAUCAUCACGAUAUCGCUAUAAAGAAUAUUUCUGAACAACAAUUUGUAUUUCAUAUGUAAGCCUUGUUAAUUUAAAUAAUAAUUACCAUAAAAAUCAGAUGAUCAACUUCUAUCCGGUCAAUGUUCACCAAAACUUGUAAAUAAUGAGAUUUUAAGUAGCUUUUCUGGAACGUUGUGGAUAAAUGCCCUCAGUUUUACUAAACCUCUUCAGCAGAACAAAGAUCAAUGCAAACAGUAAUCUCAUGAAACUGGAUUUUGUACACUACUGCGGAUAUAAUGCACAUGCAUUAUAUUGUUUUAUAUCACAUGCAUCAUAAAGCUUUCCAUAGGCGAGUAUCAAAUAUCAAAACGAUUUUUCAUCGAUCGUGUCGAUAGUUUCAACCUGUACAAUUCGGCAUAAAACCGUAUUGUUAGUUACAGUUUCAAAACAGUAAAUAAUUGCCCAAUGAAAUAUUGCGGUUAAAUUUAAAUCUUGACCGAUGCAAGAACGAUGCAGAAAAAUUACCCCUUAGAGCUGAAAUAAUGCACAUGUAAAUUUAAAAA